AUGGGGCAGUGGGGGGUGGAGGGAUGGAAGUGGAAGCUAACUCGGUAUAAUGAAGUUCUGAGUGAGGCUGUGGCAAAGGAUUUUGAGGAGCUGUGCAUUGUAUUGGAAGGUACAUACCCUAAUGAUUCUGCUGAUGAUAGGUUUGUGUGGCCUUUUGACCCCUCGAACUAUUAUACUGUGCAAUCUGGCUAUAGAUUUAUCAUGCAGGAUCUUAAUGUGAUAGAGAUGAAUAGCUAUUGUCCUCAAGCCAUGGAUUUAAUUUGGUCUGCAAAAGUUCCGUCCAAACUGAGUAUAUUUGGGUGGAGACUCUUAAGGGAUAGAUUGCCAACUAAGGUGCAGCUUGCAACAAGAGGAAUAAUCCAAAACGAGGAGGAGAUGCUGUGUGUUUUCUGUGAAUUGUACGAGGAAGAUGCAGCCCAUGUAUUUAUUAGGUGCCCUCAAUUACGAUUACUGUGGCAAAAGAUAUUUACAUGGCUGGACUUGGAUGGACAAAAUGCUCAGGACUGCCCCAACCAUUUGCUAUGUUGCGUGGAAGCUUAUGAAGGCAAUAUGACUAGGAACAGAGUGGCCACAAUUUGGCUAACAACAUGUUGGAGCAUAUGGAACAAGAGAAAUAGCAUCAUCUUCAGCAAUGAUAAAUUGGACGUAGAGGAAUUAUACUUCUCAAUCAUGAAAUGCUCAUGGUGGUGGUUGGCAAUAGAAAGCAAGGAGAGGAUUAAAUGUAGCUUCUAUGAUUGGUUCAAAAACCCAUUGGUAUGCAUUUGA